GUGUGAGUGUGUGAGUGUGCCUGUCAGUCACUGCUGACUCUGUGGUCAGACUUGGCCACAAUUGUCCGUCUCUCACCCCCUGCCGUCCGCACUACCGCGGACAAUCUUGGACCACGGCUCGGACUGUUUGAACAUCGUUAAGACAAAGAGACUGCCUGUUGGAUGUGUCUGUACACGGUGAUAGAGCAGGAACUGGCGCAGAGAUCCAGCGGCACAGCGAGAGGCAGGAGCAGAGGCAGCUUGGAUUAUACACCUGUCUGAAGAAGGGUCUCCACCCGUUCCUUCUCUCCACAGAUACAGGAAAUGCUGAGUUACUCCAGCAUUUAGUGUCUACCUUGAGGAUUGUACACAGGCGGGUGGACAUCUCCAGCAAGCUCGGCUGCCCAGCCCAUCAGAUCUCCACUCAAUGUGGCCUCUGGAUCUCACCUCAUCUCUGGCAGGCUGGACACAAGUGACAGGGUGGCUGUGCUUUGAUGCGAUGGUGGACUGGCAGUAGAAUGGAUGACCUGGCCUUACUGGACCUGCUGGAAUGCCCAGUGUGUUUUGAGCGCCUGGACGGCACUGCCAAGGUGUUGCCGUGCCAACACACCUUCUGCAAGCCGUGCCUGCAGCAGAUCUCCCACUCACAUAAGGAGGUUCGUUGCCCAGAGUGCCGGAGCCCUGUAACUGGCAGCAUCGAUGACUUGCCCGUCAACCUGCUGCUGGUGCGUCUGCUCGAUGGCAUCAGGUACGGGCAGACUAACGCCAGGGUCACCCACCAGCCUCCCGCCGACCAACACUCAGAGCCGGUGAAGUCACGCAGCAGUCUGGUGAAGACCCUCUCUCCUGCCCACAGCCCCCUGGAGCAGGUGCCUUGUGCAAGAGCCCUGUACACAUACAGUGGGCAGAAACCAGGAGAUCUCAGCUUCAGCAAGGGCGACCUCAUCCUGCUCCGUCAGCAGGUGGAUGAGAACUGGUUCUACGGAGAGAUUAGCGGAGCGUGUGGGAUCUUCCCUCUCGGCUUUGUCCACGUCAUCCAUCACCUACCCCAGCUGCCCCCGCUAUGCAAAGCCCUCUAUGACUUCACUCUCCAAGAGACAGAGCAGCCGGCCAUCAAGAACGUCCUUCCCUUCGUCAAGAACAAUAUCUUAAAAGUAAUCCGGAGAGUUGAUGAGAAUUGGGCAGAGGGCAAACUCGGAGAACGAGUAGGAAUAUUCCCAAUUUCAUUUGUUGAGAUGAAUUCCACAGCAAAACAGUUACUAUCAGUGAAGAGAGUCGACGUGAAAAGUGUUCAAAGCCACAGCAGUCCCACGGUGGGGAAUCCCCGCUUGUCACUGACACACGCAGAGACGGGGAAUCCCCGCUUGUCACUGACACACACAGAGACAGCGGGGAAUCCCCGCUUGUCACUGACACACACAGAGACGGGGAAUCCCCGCUUGUCACUGACACACGCAGAGACGGGGAAUCCCCGCUUGUCACUGACACACGUAGAGACGGGGAAGCCCCGCUUGUCACUGACAGACACGGGGAAUCCCAGCUUGUCACUGACACACGCAGAGACGGGGAAUCCCCGCUUGUCACUGACAGACACGGGGAAUCCCCGCUUGUCACUGACACACACAGAGACGGGGAAUCCCCGCUUGUCACUGACACACACAGAGACGGGGAAUCCCCGCUUGUCACUGACACACACAGAGACAGCGGGGAAUCCCCGCGUGGAGCUGACACACGCAGAGACGGGGAAUCCCCACGUGUCACUGACACACAGACGGGGAAUCCCCACAUGA